AUGAUCAUGCCAAUUGUUACUACUUUGGCCUUCGCAUUGCUUAUCAUCUUUCUUUUUUCAAUAUCAAGCAAGCCAAGGAUUAGUACUAAGAGAGAUGCCCCUCCACAAGUUCCCGGUGCAUGGCCUUUGAUUGGACAUCUCCAUCUCUUUAGGCCUUCAUUGAAGAAGGCAUUCCACAUAAUAUUAGGAGACAUGGCAAACAAAUAUGGCCCAAUUUUCGCGAUCAAUUUGGGGGUUAAACGUUUUGUCGUUGUGAGUAAUUCAGAGAUUGCUAAAGAGUGCUUUACUACAAAUGACAAAAUCCUCGGUGGCCGUUCAAAAACUCUAUCCUCCAAGAUCAUGGGGUACAACCAUGCUCUUAUGAUAGCUAGACCUUGUAGCGAUCUUUGGCGUAACAUGCGCAAGAUCAUGACACUCGAGCUUCUCUCGAAUCAAAAGCUCGAGAUACUCAAACCUGUGGGAGAAUCUAUAUUGAACACGUUCGUGAAGGAUAUAUAUGAUCGAAAUAGGGUGUGUGAUGAUAAGAAUGUGGUGGUGGAGAUGACGAGAUGGUUUGAAGACAUUAACAUGAGUGUUAUUUUUAGGAUGUUAGCGGGGAAGUCUUAUUGUUCAGGCCCUUGGGGGGAUGUAUCGGAGGAGGAGAAGGAGAAGAACGAGCGUUUUGUGGAGGCGUUCCAUCGUUUUUUUGAGUUGGCUUCUAGUUCUUCGAUGGUGGAUUCAAUACCGUAUUUGGGGUGGUUGUAUUCUAGAUGGAUUAUAAUGGACUUGAAGGGGACGGCCGAGGAUCUAGAUCAACUUCUUCAAGGAUGGGUUGAAGAACAUAAGCAUAAGAGGUUGUUAGGGGAGGGAAAAGGAAAGGAAGACUUCAUUUAUGCAAUGCUAUCUAUUCUUGAUGAAGAUAAAGAGCUUCUCAAUGAUUAUGAUCUUGAUACCAUCAUUAAGUCUACAUGCCUGGUACACGAUCCUCUUUCUCUCUCUUGUUGUAGUUUUUCCUCUCUUAAAAUUGUGGGUUCAAUUCUUACCGAGUAUGUACAUGAAAUUUCCAUAUGCUUUCCUUUUCUGACACACAUGAUUUGUGAGUUAUUACGUGCACCCAUGAUUUACCUAGUGCGCAUUCAAAUGCCCGAUUUAGCUUUCGCUGAUGGGUUUAUUUUGCAGGCAAUUAUAAUUGGAGCAGCAGAUGCCAAUGUUCUGACAUUGACAUGGGCUUUAUCUUUAUUGCUCAAUAAUCCACAUGUUUUACACAAAGCCCAACAAGAAUUAGACACUCAUGUUGGCAAGGAAAGGCAAGUCCAAGAUUCAGAUCUACAAAACCUGGUGUACCUCCAAGCCAUUCUUAAAGAAACGCUGCGUUUAUAUCCUCCAGGUCCAGUCGGUGCACCGCAUCAAGCAAUGCAAGAUUGUACUAUAAGUGGUUACUAUGUCUCUGCUGGGACGGACGUCUUGGUCAAUCUUUCGAAGCUACAUCGAGAUCCGAUUACAUGGCCCGAUCCAAAUGCCUAUCGACCCGAAAGGUUUCUGACGAGUAUUCAUAAGGAUUUUGAUUUCAGAGGACACAAUUAUGAAUUGAUACCGUUUAGUGCCGGGAGAAGAAUGUGCCCUGGAAUCUCUUAUGGUCUUCAAGCUACGCAACUCACACUUGCUAAAUUGUUGCACUGUUUUGACAUUGAGAACGCUAAGGAUGGACCAAUUGACAUGACUGAGUCUUUGCUGUUGACCAACCUUAAAGAGACCAAACUUGAUGUACUUCUUUCUCCUCGCCUUCCUGCCCAUGUGUAUGAUUGAAUUUCAACUUUGAAAUUAUCAUGGUUACUCUGUCUUUGCUAUUGUGUGCUUGUAAUA